GUCAUAGCGUCCGAAAGAUAACCAGAUUGUGAUCAUUAUGAAUUGUUUUCAAUCUCAAUGAACAAACUGUGUUAUUUAUGUGUUAAAAUACAAUUAGAAACGUAAUAACUAAGUAACUAAAUAAAGUGUUCAUACUCACAAGUUAUAAAUCUAACGUUCAUCUUAAAAAUGUUGUCUGGUAGACCUCGAUUCAUAAAACCGGGCAAUGACCCGCUCUAUCCAGCCAGAAACAAAGAUGGCGGAGUAGAAAUACUGAUAAACCCAAACACAGACUCUGCUCUGACCACAGAUAGUGAUGCGAAGACUAAUUUUGUGUAUAACCGGUAUCAUCAUCUACCGUUGACCAGUCAGAGGCAGAAGCUGCCGGUGUUCCAGUAUAGGAACCACAUAUUGUAUUUGUUGGAGAAGUAUCAGACUUUGAUACUUAUCGGAGAAACUGGUUGUGGGAAGUCAACACAAGUGCCGCAGUACCUCCACGAGAUCGGUCAUAAAGUGGUAGUAACGCAACCACGGGUAGCGGCCGCGGCGUCACUCGCGGCCAGGGUGGCAGAAGAAGUUGGCGAGCCGCUGGGCGAGUCCGUCGGGUAUGCGGCCGGCAUGACUAGUCUGCGCUCAUCACAUUCUGGCAUUAUGUUCAUGACAGAGGGUGUGCUGCUUCGAGAAAUGUUCGCGUCUCCACUUUUGAUGCAGUAUUCAGUUGUUGUUUUGGACGAGGUCCACGAAAGAUCGCAAAUGACAGACGUGCUGAUGGGACUGCUCAAGAAAAUAGCCAAAAAACGGAGAAACCUGAAGAUCGUCGUGUCAUCCGCCACCAUGGAUGCUGAAUUCCUGAAGGAUUUCUUCAAUCUGACAGACAAGAGAGAGAGGGAGAAACCUUCCACAUCUGUCAUCAUGUCUAUGCAGGGCCGGACGCACCCUAUUGACGUGUUUUAUACUCAAGAUCCGGUACCAGACUACGUGAAAGCCACAGUAGAUACGGUCAUCAAGAUACACGAAAACGAACCUUUUGGUGAUAUACUAGCAUUUCUCACUUCACAGGAAGAAAUACUAACAGCAUUAGAAACAUUACAACUAUACGCAGAACAGAACAACGAGAAAAACAAAUACAGGAAACAGUUCCCGAGCGGCGUACAGGCGGCGAAUUUAUCCGUUCUACCAAUGUACGGCAGUCUGCCACACUACAGGCAGAUCAAAGUGUUUCAAAUGGCAGACAAGAAUGUUAGAAAAGUGGUCUUAGCGACUAAUAUAGCGGAAACUAGCGUCACUAUACCCGGGAUUGUUUACGUGAUCGACUGCGGUUUCCACAAGCUGCCAUACUUCGACCCGUCGGUCGGCGUCGAGAGUCUGUGCGUUUGUCCGUUGUCGCGCGACAAUGCGCGACAACGCGCCGGCCGCGCGGGGCGCACGCAGAGGGGCAAGUGUUAUAGAUUAUACACAGAGGCGGAAUUUGAUAAGCUACCUGCCAGCGUUCCACCGGAGAUAUCAAGAAGUGAUCUGUCAUCCGUACUGCUGCAGCUUAAAGCUCUCGGCAUACAUAAUUUACUCAGGUUCACAUUCCCAACGCCGCCGCCAGCUAAAAGUCUACUCUCCGGUCUAGAAACACUCUACGCUUUAAAAGCAAUAGACCAAGAUGGGAACCUGACACCUUCGCUAGGAGAGAAUAUGGCGGAGUUACCAUUAAGACCCAUGUGCGCUAAAAUGCUGUGUAAUAGCGGUGAAUACGGUUGCGUUGAGGAGGCGUUGUCGAUCGCUUGCAUGCUUCAAGUAGAGGGCGUCUUGACGAAGAGUGCGACGGGCAAGGACAACAUUGCGGCUAGGAUGUCUAGGAGAAAUAACUUCGAGGUAGCCGAGGGCGAUAUAAUAAUGUACUUAAACGUUUUCGAUUCUUACAUGAAAGUGAAAAGCUCGAUACAAGACGAGAAACGGUCGAAAAAGGCGUGCAGAGAAUGGUGUCAAAAGAUGUAUGUCAACCACCGCGUUAUGGAGAAGGCCUGCGACAUUAGAGACAGCUUGGAAAAAAUAAUAAAGAGAAAGUUUGAGAUUCAAAAUAAAACGUUCGAUGGACCAGACUUAGGAACAGGGAAAUGUCAAAGGAUAAUGAAGUGCAUGCUAUCCGGAUUCUUCCCCCAGGCGGCGCACCUGAGCACAGACUCCACAUACAGAGGUGUCAGAGGCGCUACAUUACACAUCAGCCCAGACAGCUGUCUGUUCAGAGUGCAGCAGCCGUCGUGGGUGGUGAUUGCAAGCGUCCAGAGCACGGGCGACAAGACAUACAUGCGAGAUAUGAUGACGAUAAACAAGGACUGGCUGAUAGAAACAGCCCCGCAUUAUUAUAAACAAACGUAAUAUUAUUAUACUA